UAGGUCACGCAACAUUAGCAACUGGUCUCGGAAGUAAAACGCAAAGGGGCGGAGAAGAAGGCGGAAGGGAGGGUCCUCGUCGGGGGUUGGCCGGUAGGGGGCGGGGCGGGGCCGGGGAUGGUAACGGCUCGGAAGCCGAGGGGGCUGGGCAGGAGGGAGGCGGAGGAACCGGUGCCCGCCGCCGCCGCCGCCGCUCCCACUCCCGCCCGUUCCCUGUGGUUCCCACGGGCCCCGCCGCGGCCAUGAUGAUCCACGGCUUCCAGAGCAGCCACCAGGACUUCUCCUUCGGGCCCUGGAAGCUGACGGCGGCCAAGACUCACAUCAUGAAGUCAGCGGAUGUGGAGAAGUUAGCUGAUGAAUUGCACAUGCCAUCUCUUCCUGAAAUGAUGUUUGGAGACAACGUUUUAAGAAUACAGCAUGGCUCUGGCUUUGGGAUUGAGUUCAACGCUAGAGAUGCAUUAAGAUGUGUAAACAACUACCAAGGAAUGCUUAAAGUCGCCUGUGCGGAAGAGUGGCAGGAAAGCAGGACGGAGGGUGAACACUCCAAAGAGGUUAUUAAGCCAUACGAUUGGACGUAUACAACAGAUUAUAAGGGAACAUUACUUGGAGAGUCACUUAAGUUAAAGGUUGUACCUACGACAGAUCAUAUAGAUACAGAGAAAUUGAAAACCAGAGAACAGAUUAAGUUUUUUGAAGAAGUUCUCCUGUUUGAAGAUGAACUUCAUGAUCAUGGAGUUUCAAGCCUGAGUGUGAAAAUUAGAGUAAUGCCAUCUAGCUUUUUCCUGCUAUUGCGGUUUUUCUUGAGAAUUGAUGGGGUACUUAUCAGAAUGAAUGACACAAGACUCUACCAUGAGGCCGACAAGACCUACAUGUUACGAGAAUAUACAUCACGAGAGAGCAAAAUUGCUAACUUGAUGCACGUUUCACCUUCCCUUUUCACCGAACCUAAUGAAAUAUCACAGCAUUUGCCGAUAAAGGAAGCAGUUUAUGAGAAGUUAUUAUUUCCCGAAAGAAUUGAUACAAAUCCUGCAGACUCACAAGAAAAUACACCUGUGAAUAGAAUGUGAUACAACAUGUACUCAUCGUGGAGUCUGACUGGAGACCAUGGUUGUUUCAAGGGAGUAUUUUUAUUAUGAGAAUUAAUUGCCUUGGUCAAUGUGCAGAUUUUCUGGCACCUUAAAGGAAAAAUAAAUAAAAGAUUGUUGCAGGCAGGUUCCAUUCGACUGCUGUUUGUAUUGUUUAUCUUCAAAUUUAUAGUCCAGAUUUAUAUUUCCUGGAGUUAAAUGAGGAUUUCUAAAUUGCCACAAAGUAGGACCUCACCAGUAGUGAUGUGCUGUCUCCUGUGUGUGGGCCUAAUCGGCCUCUAUCAUGAGACCCUACCUGUGGGGGAGAUUAACUUGAAAUCACUGAUUGGCAGAACCUGGGACUUUCCCAGAGCCCUGCUCAUGCCUGCUGCUACUCCGCCCUUUCACCUGGAGCUCCUGGAGGUUUAUUCGCACUUCUGGAGAAUCAUCACUGGCCUCCCAGGAAUUGAUCUUAUACUUUAAUGAUCUUCCCCCUACAAAUAACAUAAAAGCAUUUUGCCCCUUAAGUUUUAACUGGUUUUUGUGGUUCAAGGAAAAUUUCAGACAUAGAACCAUAAAACUUAGUUUUUGUGAGAACUUAAGCUGUUGUGUCCAUGGAAACACAUGAACAUGGUUUGCCCCGACAGGUAGGGCAUCGAGAUGUCUUUCCUCCAUCGUUAGGUGCUUUUUCUUAUGUGUGGUUCUACUUCUACGGACAUUUUUUACUUCAUCUUCUGUGCAUGCUCUGAGUGACUAAAUUAAUACUGAAUUUGGAGUUGAUCCUAAAAACGUUAUUGAAGAGUUAAUGUGGAUUGUUUCUAGCAAAUAUUACUUCAUCCACUAAAGCAACCAGAUUACUUUUCUACUUAAAAUAUUUGAGGGAGAGCUGUAGAGGAGGAAUGGGCUAAAAAAAAGUCAGUUUUUCUGUUUUAUUAAGAUUCAUGUUUUUUAACAUUACAGGAAUCUCAUAAAAUGUAAUUAAUUAGUACAGGACCUGGGUAGUAUAGCAUGUACCCAAAAGUAAAUUUAAACUCCAUUUGGUUAUUUUGAUGAUGACCCUUUAAACAUUUUAUAUUCUUUCCUGUCUUUCUAAAUGGUCUUCAUAAAGUGGGAAGUGGUUAUAGAGCACCAAGUAAGGAAUUACUUGAACUGGAUUUUUUUCCAUAAUUUUUUACAGGGCAAGGGGAAAAGUCAACCCCCUGUUAUUUCCCCCCUUGUUUGAAAUAACUUGCACAUAGUUCUGCUUAAUUCAUAAAUUAUAAAGAAUAUUUAAUUGAAAGUAUUAACCGCUCUCCUGGUAUUAGCCUAAAGAUACAUUGUAGCAAAGAAAGUCUAACUGGAUAGUCAUCAUUACUGGAACUCUGUAGUAUUGUUAUUUAAGUAACUUUACUAGCUAAAUAUGGUCACAAAUAGUUUUGUUAUUUGUUUGCCUUCUGCUGCUUCACUUGCAAGGUACAGGAAAUCAAGAUUUUGUUGACUUUGAGAAGACACAUGGCAUGUUCACUGUAUAUUAAAUAUACCUGUAUUUAAUGCUUUCUCUUAGUGUAUAUAUUGUACACAGCUCUCUGUUUCCCCCCCCAUACAGAUUUGAACAGAACAAACUAUUCAUACAAAUUAUAAGAAAUGAAAACUUGUAAGAAUAAUUCAUUAGUUGAAGUUUCUAGGCCACAUUAUAUUAUAUAUAUGUAUUUAACUUGAUUCAGUUGUCAUAGUCCCUUACUUAAUCUUAGAUUACUUAUUUUGAGAAUCCACUGUUAAAAAUUGUAGAGAAUUAAAGAAUUGCCUUUUUUUUUUUCUCAAUAGCAGGUGGAAGGUAGAUAGGAGAAUGUACUUCUGAAAACUUCAUUAGUUUAAUCCUAUACAGACUACCAAGAAAACCUGUAUUUGCCAUUGCUAAAUAAGACAUAUGCCAUUUUAUAUUUAUUUGUUCCAGUGUGUCUUUUUCUAAGAGGAGAAUAAACAAUAAGGAAUUACUGAUCUAUGUUUUACUAUUUCAUUUAUUUCAGUUGUUUUGGAAGCCUAAUUAAAGAAUGGUUUGUUAUACACUUCUCAUUUG